AUGGAUGUCAUGCAGACAAGUGACUCUUCACAUCAUGGAAUUGUAGAAAAUAGCCCAUAUAGAAUCCCUUAUGGAAGACAUGCAGGUGGUGGCAAACUUGGUAAUUCAUGGUAUUUUAGUAGAAAAGAAAUAGAAGAAAACUCCGUUUCAAGGAAAGAUGGCAUUGAUCUGAAGAAGGAGUCUUAUUUUCGCAAGGCAUACUGCACUUUUCUGCAGGAUUUUGGGAUGAGGCUUCAAGUGCCUCAAGUUACGAUUGCUACAGCUAUAGUGUUCUGUCAUCGUUUUUUCCUUCGCCAAUCUCAUGCAAAAAAUGACAGGCAGACAAUUGCAACAGUUUGUAUGUUCUUGGCGGGAAAAGUUGAAGAAACCGUCAGACCUCUAAGGGAUGUCGUAGUCCUUUCCUAUGAGAUCAUCAACAAAAAGGAUCCUGCCGCUUUUCAGCGAAUUAGGCAGAAGGAAGUAUAUGAACAACAGAAGGAACUUAUUUUACUUGGGGAACGUGUUGUUCUUGUAACACUUGGUUUUGACUUGAACAUCCAACAUCCGUACGAGCCCUUGGUCGAAGCAAUAGGUAGAUUCAAGGUUGCUCAAAGUGCACUUGCUCAAGUUGCCUGGAACUUUGUCAACGAUGGGCUCCGUACUUCACUUUGCCUUCAAUUUAAGCCCCACCAAAUUGCUGCUGGUGCAAUAUUCAUGGCUGCGAAAUUUCUCAAAAUCAAGCUUCCAUCAGGUGGUCAGAAGGUCUGGUGGCAAGAGUUUGAUGUUACCCCACGGCACUUGGAAGAGAUUAGCAACCAAAUUUUGGAGCUCUACGAGCAAAAUAUUGUUGCGCCACCACCAUUGCAAGGAAAUGAUACUGAAAGGAGCCCUGCUAGUGUUCCUAAUCAACGUGCUCCUGGAAAAGCUCCUACUGCCCAUGAACCUCAAGCAUCCAGACAAUUGAGCCAUCAAAAUGUGCCAGGCCACCAUAGCUAUGACCAUGCCCAUCCUGAGAAGCAACACCCGAGGACACCUCAGAAUGAAGCAAGGGAUAGCGUUGUCAAUAGCAACGAUGGCCCCAAAAUAUCAUCCUCAAUGAUGGAUGCAAUGAGGAAGAUAGACAAGGAUAAAGUGAAAGCAGCCCUGGAGAAGCGGAGGAAAUCUAAAGGUGAUGUUCCUAGAAAGGUUGACAUCAUGGAUGAUGAUGAUCUGAUCGAGAGGGAGCUGGAACAUGGUGUGGAGUUGGCUGCUGAAGGUGAGAAGAUCAAGCAGGAGAGAAGGCAAAGCUGGCCCCAUCCUGCACACAGGGAGGAUUCACUAAAGGCUGUUUGCAUGAUCAAAAAUACGGAGGAGGGCGAGCUGUCCACUGACAGGCAAGGGCACUGCUCCCCAGACCGGAACUGGAACUACGAUCGUGGUGAAAGGGACAUUAAAAGGCUAAGGUCAUGA